AUUGUCAAACUGAAGUUCAAAUGUGAUUUUUACAUGAUCUUUACUGCUUUCCUGUUCUGCUCAGGUUUUGAAUUUGAACGUUAAACACACACACACACACAUAAACUAUGUCUCUUCCUGAAAGCUCUCCUGUAUCUGCGUUUCUUAUGUACAAAAAGAAGUCAAAGAAUAAUAAACCAAAAUUGAAAUCAACCGGCCAUGAAGAAAGCAAUUUGUCAGGGUCCCCUCCUUCUAAGAAGAAUAAAAAACUUCUGAAAUCAGAUCAGCAUAACAAGAAACACCUCAAAGUGAAAAACAAAGAACUCAGAAUUAGUGUUGAAAAUCCCAAAAAACACAAAGGAAUAACUCCUAGCACACAACUUUUCGAUGACAGACGGAUGAUUAAACGUAAACAGAACGGAGUUGCAACCACAAAAAAGUUGAAGAAACCAUUGCAAAAACAUCUAAUUGAAUCCAGUGAUGAAAAUCCUCCAAUACUAGUACCAAUUCAAACACCAAGUACUGGAAGUUCUCUUAGGAGUGAAGCCAUUAUGGAUGCUUCAAUUUCUGAGUUCAUGUCAAAACUGAACAAAACUGAUCCAUCACCAGAAGGCUUGAAACUAUUCAAGUGGCUGAUAGCCCCAAUAAAUCCCAGUGUGUUCUUUGAUGAAUACUGGGAGAAUGAGGUAAUGCACAUCAAAAGAGACAAACCCAGCUACUACACCUGUAUUCUAACUACACAAAGACUAGAUGAUAUCUUUAGAGAGUUUCCCCUGUACUACACAACUAAUGUUGAUGUAGUUUCCUAUGAAAAUGGGGUGAAGGAAGUUCACAAUGAACAAGGAAGGGUUGUAGCUUCAGGGCUAUAUGAUUAUUAUUCCAAUGGAUGUAGUAUCAGAGUGCUGAACCCUCAUACAUAUGACCAAAAGGUACACUUGCUGAUCUCCACCUUGCAGGAGUAUUUUGGUGCAAUGGUUGGAGCAAAUGUGUACUUGACUCCACCUAAUAGCCAGGGAUUUGCCCCACAUUAUGAUGAUAUAGAAGCUUUUGUGGUGCAACUUGAGGGAAGAAAAUAUUGGAAAUUGUAUAAACCCAAGGGUAGUGACAUUUUGGCCAGAACCUCCAGUGGCAAUUUCAAACAUGAAGAUAUUGGUGAACCCUUCAUGGAGGUUACACUGAAUGCAGGAGAUUUGCUUUAUUUUCCUAGAGGAACCAUCCAUGAAGGUAGGACUGAUCCAGACCAACACUCUUUGCAUAUCACUGUUUCUGUUUACCAACAGAAUUCCUAUGCAGAUUUGUUGGAGCAGCUCUUACCUCAAGCUCUGAAGACUGCUGCUACCAAUAAUAUAGAUUUCAGAAAGGGGCUUCCUCUCAAUUAUUUGAAGCACUUGGGUUGUGUCAAUAAAAAUAAGAAAACAAAGGAGAGGAAGGCAAUGGAGAAGAACAUGGAGAAACUAGUGAAGGAUUUAGUGAACUACAUGGACAUAGAUCUAGCUGCAGACAAGCUGGGCAGAAAGUUCAUGUAUGAUUCCAUGCCACCAGUAUUGUCUAAGCAAGAAGUAUAUUAUACUUCAAAGUAUGAUGGGGAUUUCAUGAGAGAUGGCAAAAUAUACAACAGGAUAGAAAUAGGAAUGGACACAGAAGUCCGUCUCGUGCGUUACCAUUGCUUGAGGCUAGUUGUAGAAGAUGUCCCAAAGAUUUACUACAACACAGAAAAUGCCAAAUACUACCAUGGGGAGGAGGAACAGUUUCUGGUGAUUGACCAUGACCUCACAUCUUGUGUGGCAAAGUUACAAAAUGACUACCCAGAAUUCACCAGAGUAGAGGAUUUGCCAACAGAAGAUGGCAUAGCAAAAGCUCAAUUAGUGUCAGAUCUUUGGGAAAGGGGGCUCCUUGUUACCAAUGGUCCUUUGACUGCCCUGUCAGAUGGGGAAGAUGAAGAUAUUGAAAGUGAAUUAAGUGAAUAAAGUGUAUGUUAUGUAUGUUUAACAAAUAUACUUAAUCUUAAGUAAGCUCAAGGCUUUUAUUUGAUAAUAUUGUUGAAGUUUCAUUAUUUUUUAGGUGCACCAUAGGCAUCUGGCAUCCUCUCUAUUGUAUACCUAUGCUGAGAAACAUACAUGAUAGGCACUCCAGGUAUUUUCCUAAUUCUUCUUUUCAAGUCUUUGUCAUUAGUUGCCACAAUGUAACACUUAUGCUGUGUAACCCUUUGCACCAAGCAAUCAUCUGCAUAAGUCCCUUUGUGCAUACAGUGUAUUCUUUCAAACCUGGGAUCCUUGAUUAUCCUCAAAGCUACUCUAUAUUUCUGUCCUAGUUUUUCUAAUUCUGCCAGGACACAGUCUGUUAUAUAAGGUA